GUAUAUCCCUAUAUAAAGAGUGUCAUCCCUAUACCAGGACGCUCAUUCUAACAACAACCACCAACAGGUCACAACAUCUCAAACAGAUAUACUUUACUUUUACUGUUCUUUUCGAGGACUUUCCUUUCGAUCUGCAACAUGAGAUCUCUUUUAUCGAUAUACAUACUAAUUUGUAUAUGCUUCAAAUGUAUGGUAUCUUCUUCGCUUGUAACCUCCCUUGAUGGCGAUAAAUUAAAUGAAUUUGAGUAUAUCUUAAAAAGACAAAGAGUCGAUAAUUCUGAAGGACAGGAUUCGAAAGAACGUCGAAGUAAUAUGGGCUCGUCCUUCAUAAGAUUCGGCCGUAGUCAAUCUGAAAAUGGUAUAGACACUGAAACGGAAGAAGUGAAAGUUGAUAGACAUCCACGGUGGAAAUCGCCGGAUAUUGUUAUUCGAUUUGGUCGGUCGGAUAUAAAAAAUGUUCAGCCUGGUCAAUUCUACGAAGAAGCAAAUACUUUGAAUGUUAUCAGGAACGAAUUAUAUUCUAUAUGCUCGGAUAUGUUAGUGGCUGCAACGAGUGGUAACAAGGAUGAACGAUCUUACAUACCAAGGAUAUUACGCUUUUGUAAUACGAUAGGAGAACGAAUAAAUUGAAGCAUCUACGUACAUACAUAUAAAUACAUACAUACAUACAUAUAUACAUAAGUGCGAUACUAUAUACCGAUAUUACGCGACUUCUAUGCAAUUUUGCGGCAAAAACUCGAAAAAAUUCAUAGCUAAACGAACUUAUAAUUUUUAAUGUAAACGAUUAAAUCAAUUCAACACGAUUAUUUUGUUAUUAAUUUUCAGAAAGAUUUGGCAAAUACCUUAGAUCGAAUUAAUUUAUAGGUUAAUUAUUUCUUUGAAGAAGUUGUAUCAAUGAAUAUUUUCAGAUUUUAUGUACACCUUUGAGAUUUUUAAUAGAAAUUAUUUUAUAUAUAUUUCAUUGCGAUUAUUAAAUAAUAAGUUAACAUGUGUUACAAAAUAAAAAAAUAUUUAACGUAAUUGUUGUAUUAAAUGCACUCAAUAUGUAUAAUGAAGUCUAUUUCAAUUAUCGCGCGUUCUCAUUAAUACUCUGGUAAUGUUACCUUUCCUCGAUAGGAAGCGCUGAUUGUAUAUUCUGCAGAACAUUUAGUUGCUUUUAAAAUUUAAAUUAUUUAGUAUAUUGUUAUUAUUUAUUAUUGAUAUUGAUAAAUUUGAA